ACCUUCUCUGGCGCCCGAAUAGAAGGUUGAACUAUUGCCAAUCGGUAAUGAGGAGGAGCUAUUACAUUAUUACAAGAAAUUAUUUACAUGUUUUGAUUACAGUUUCGAUUAAAAAGCUGGGUGCUUAUAUAAAAAGUAUUAUUAUAACUAGAAAUCAGUUUCUCUCCGCAGGGCAAAGGCCUCCCUUUUCUCCUCCCAUUUAUCCCGGUUUGUAGCUAACAGAGGCUAGUUUUCAGAGAAGGAAUCGAGCUGCCUCGCCAUUUCCUUUUGGGUCUGCUGCUUGCUGUUCUUACCGCACUGUGUGGUUACAUUUUUCAAACAUCUAAAAAUACCUACAGAAGUAUGUUAUUGCCUUGACAAUGAGAUUGUUUAUCUGUAGUAAACAAAUCACAAUACUCGAUGUCAAAUCAAAACAUUGUGAUUGUCAGUUUCAGACUGUCAGUGUCAUAAAAAGUUUCAAAGUUUGUCGAAAGGGAAAAACAAAACUUUAAUUUAAUUUCUUACGGAAUCGUAGCUUUUUAACCUAAAUAAAAGUUUUAAUUUAACACGUGCCAAUUUAAAAUGCGAAGAAAGUUUGUUUAUUUGGCUAUUUUAUUAGGAAUAGCAUUAACCAGCUGGAUUUAUUGGAAAUCAAAUGUCGGAAAUAACUCACUUGUUUUUUUUAAGAGUAAAAAUUAUAUAAUUAAGGAUAUCCAGAUCAAACCUUCCAGCUUCAGUUGUAAAAGACAUCCAUUUUUAAUUAUAUUAGUGACCUCAUAUGUGGGACAUGUAGAGUUAAGGAGUGCUCACAGGAGGGCGAUGCCAUCUGACAUGUUGAGACAAAUGAAUACCAGUAGAGUAUUCCUACUGGCUCAAAUACCUGCGAAGGAAAAGUAUAUUACACAGUCAGCUAUCAAAGAUGAAAGCGAUGAAUUUGGUGACAUCCUACAAGGAACAUUUACAGAAAACUACAGAAACCUCACUUAUAAACACCUUAUGGGCUUACAAUGGGCCUCAAUAAACUGUGCUAAAAGCAAAUUUAUACUCAAAGUAGAUGAUGACACAGUAUUCAAUUUGGAAAAGACAUACCAAUUAUUAAAAACAUUGGAUCACUCUUCCAACUUUUUUAUGGGCUACAUGUUAAAUAAUACAAAGCCAAAAAGGAAUAAAGAAAACAAGUGGUAUGUCACUUGGAAUGAGUACUCCAGAACUGAGUAUCCCCCCUACCUUUCUGGCUGGUACUACAUCACAACACCUGGAGCAGCAGCCAUGGUAUCUGAAGAAGCCAUAUACCAUCCAUAUUUCUGGAUAGAUGACAUUUUCGUGACUGGUAUCCUCACAGAAGCACUCGACAUCAAGUUGAGGCAAUUACCAGACAAUUACUGGCUGGAAUACUAUGAAUUGUUGGAAUGUUGCCUCAAAGACAUGAUAAAAAAAUCAAUAAAAUGUGACUAUGUCUUAGGACCCAAUGGUGGUAGGAAUAAUUUAAUUGUUGAAUUUAAUAAUGCUUUAAGAAACUGCAGUAGUUGGCAGAACUGUAAACCAAGGACUGAGAAGCAAAGUCUGAAUAAAGUGUGUGUGGCUUAUAAGCAACGGACUAUAUUCAGUGAUGGUGGUAAAGCAGAAGUGCGCUCUAUCAGAUUAUUGUAAUUUCGCCUUAUUAGGACCAGCAUUUUAGAUGGAUUUUUUUAACAAUGUAUCAAAAUGUUAUUAUUUUUGUUAGUAAAAUUAAUCAGAUAUGUACUAGUGACCACUAAUAAAACAAGGGAAAUAACUAAAAGACUAAAUAAUAGAACAUAUAUUUUUACAACAUUUAUUGUCAAAUUAUAAGAGAUAACAUAGAGAAAAUUAACAUAAUUAAUUAAUGAUGAAGUCAUUGUAUGGCACAAUUAAAAUUGAAGCUAUGUCUGAGGACAAUCUAAAUAAAAAUGAUAAUUAAGUACUAUGUAAUAUAAAAUAAAUUUUACUAA